GAAGCCUGGCACAUUCCUCCUGGGACAUACUGUAUAUAGCAUUUUGCUCUAUGAGAACAGCAGAACAGAAUACCCAAUCAGUUACAGAGCUCUUAAGGCUAAAUAAUAAAAGAUUUGUGCAAGACGUCUGUUAUUUCAUAAACAAAAUUCCUAAAUUUGUUAAGAAAAGAAAAAUAUAUAUGUACAAAAUAUGAAUAGCAUACUGUUGCGGCGAGGGCACACCAAGGAAACUGGCAACCGCAACGCAACCGCAAUUUCCAAAAAUUAUCAAACCGAGUUGAACCAAUGCUACGGAAUGGAGCAGCGCAAAUUUAGGAAAUUACAUUGCUGUGUUAAGAGAAAUUUUAAAAAAUCGUGGGAUGACCGCUACGAUAGAAUAAGAUAUUUAUAAGAAUGUGCUACAGGGGGCCGAAUGGGCAUUGCCUAAACCAUUUUCUAUAUACAUGAUUUUUUUACAAAAAGAAAAAGAAAUAUAUAGCGCAUACCUAGUUACAUAUCUGAAGGUUGGUAUUCUGUGGUUCCGAGCAUCGCGGGACGUGCACGUGUGCGUUUAUGCGGUGUGCAGGGAUUUUGCACGCAUGGCGCAGGUAGGUUGAGGUAUUCAGUUCAGGCGCGUAGGUAGUUGUGUAUUUUUUGUGGGGUUUUGUUGUUGUGUUUUUAACAGUAGGUUAAAUCAUUUGUAGCCUGUAACAUUGAAAAUAGGUUAUAUAAACAUAGGUCCGGAAUACUUAGGCCAAAGUAACAAGAGUAGGUUAUGUAAACAUCCACCAGAAUUAUAUAUUAUUGAGACGCGCUUGACCCGUGUGUGGUGUCCUGAUAACUUGAGGUAUCUGUGAGAGGCCUGAUUAUAUAUUUUUCAGAAUAAACAGUGUAUGUAUUUGAUAAUGAGCCAUAUUAGCAUUAUUUGCUUUCUUUCUAUCUUUACAUUGGUAUUGAGUCAGUUGUCUAACAGUCCUGAACAGCUGUUAAGUUGGUGUCUGGAUGGAAAGCAUCAUAAGAGCAGACCAGGACCUGAGGAUGAAUUGUAUGACCAGUGCACACCAUGGAAAAAACGCUCCUGCUGCACACACAAUACAACAAGAAAUGCUCAUCACUCAAACUUGUAUAACUUCAACUACGACCACUGCAGUCAUAAGAAGAACAUGUCUAUAGACUGUAGAAGACAUUUCACACAAGAUUUAUGUUUUUAUGAAUGUUCACCAAACACUGGACCAUGGACAGUAAAAGUUUCCAUGAAAACUCGAAAUGAACGUUUCUACCAAGUACCACUAUGCCAAAGUGAUUGCAUUGCUUGGUUUGCUGCAUGCAUCGAUGACUACACAUGCACAGACAAUUGGUUCAGGAAUUGGGUAUGGAGUAAACAGGGGAACCGCUGUGAAGAGGGUUUAGAAUGCAGAACCUUCAAAGAGGUAUUUGGAACAGCUGAGAACUUCUGUGAAAAGGUGUGGGAUGAUGCCUGGAAGUAUACCCCAGAUGAUCAACCAUGCAUGAGGAUAUGGUUUGAUGGAGAAAAAGGCAAUCCUAAUGAUAACAUUGCUAGACUGAAAGUUCAACAGUUGAUGGGGUAUAUUAAUAUAGGAGUUAAAGGAAAAGGCAAUCUUAUUACAAAUUUGAUCCUAACUGCAUUUUUUAUGGCUAUAUUUGUUUGAUAGUAGAAUAGUAGCAGUCUUGCUUGUCUUUUGAUCUGAGUAUGAGUUAUUAAUUUUAUAGUGUAACCUCAGCAUAAUGAAGAAAACUGUAGGUUGUUAUGAGACACAUUUAUAAAGGCUCUUUGCGUCCAUGUAAUGAAUACUGUCUAAACUCUAAAGCAUUUAAAUUCCUUACUAAUAAAUGCACUGUGCAACAAUAUUUAACAUCAUGAUCAUCAGCAUUAAGGUUCAGACUGUUUAGUGUUCUACUGGAAGACAAGUUAAUCUUUCCAGCAUAA